AUGUCGACAACGACAACUACCGCAAUGCACAGCAGCCACCCCCCCAUCGCGCCCAACGACUUCUCCGCCAAACAGCCCGAAACCAUCCGCCUCUAUCCCCUUUCCAACUACACAUUCGGCACCAAGGAAACACAACCAGAAGAAGACCCGUCCGUGCUCGCGCGCCUCAAGCGCCUUGAAGAACACUAUGAGAAGCACGGCAUGCGCCGCACCUGCGAGGGCAUCCUCGUCUGCCACGAACACAACCACCCGCACGUCCUGAUGCUGCAGAUUGCAAACGCUUUCUUCAAAUUGCCCGGCGACUACCUACUCCACGACGACGACGAGAUCGAUGGCUUCAAGCGAAGGAUGAACGAGCGUCUUGCGCCCGUAGGAUCGCAGUUUUCGGGUGAGGGCGUCAAUGAGGAUUGGGAGGUUGGCGAUACCCUUGCGCAGUGGUGGAGGCCGAACUUUGAGACCUUCAUGUACCCUUUCUUGCCGGGACAUGUUACUCGUCCGAAGGAGUGCAAGAAGUUGUAUUUUAUUCAGCUGCCGAAGAAGAAGGUCCUCUCCGUCCCCAAGAACAUGAAGCUCCUCGCCGUGCCGCUCUUCGAGCUCUACGAUAACAACCAGCGCUACGGACCCCAGCUGUCUUCGAUCCCGCAUCUGCUGUCGAGAUAUAACUUUGAGUUUGUCGAUGAGAAUGAUAAUAUUGUUGCUGCUACGCCUGGGACCGGAGGCGGAGAUCACGUCCCGAGAACCAAGGUUCUUGCGGGCGACGAUAGUACACAGAUCAAGCAGGAAGACUCGGGAAUGCCAGAUUAUACCGAGGGCGCGGGGAAUGGAGGACAACGGUCACAGUAA